AUGACCCAAAAAGCAUCUGGAGAAUUAGAAUUAAUAGAGAUGCAAGAAGAUCAAGCUCUACAAUUAAAAUAUAAGUCGACGUCGAUUACUGAAUUUUGGAAAUUUGUACCAGAAUCGAAGUAUCCUGAAUUAAAAAAGGCUGCUUGUCGAAUUAUUUCAAUAUUCGGAACAACGUACGUAUGUGAAUCAUUUUAUUCCACUUUAAAAUUCGUGAAAUCCAAACACCGAUCAGUAUUAACUAACCAGCAUAUCAAAGAAUUACCGAGAAGUGCUGUCACCAAUUAUUCACCAAAUUUUAAAGAAUUAUCAAGAGAAGUAAAUAAAUGUGUUUAA